GUUCAAAGGUGGCAAGCUAAGAAUAAACUGAAGGGCAAAGGGUAACUUGUUGAAACCCCCAGGAGAUGGCUCCAUAGCUGGUAGAACCGGCCUCAAUCAAUAUAUUCCCGCAAAGCUAGCCGGGAUAAAAUGUUCAGAAUCGGCUUGCAGCUAUGCUUCUUGUUGACCAUUGGCUCAAACUUGGUGGAAAAUAAGGUGAUAAUCAAAAGGAACAUAGAUAGUUCUGUCAAAGUAUAUUUAACAGAGAGAAUCUGCUGGUGGAACGAAAUCUGUAAAGAAGAAUUUCGAAGCCAAUUUCGUUGUAAAUGUCCUGAAUGGUCGUACUGCAGAGCCCCUGGAAAGUACUAUAAUGCUUUUUGUACAAUGACAACAACGGGUUACAUUUGGCAACAACCAGGUUGGAGAGAAGCUGCUGAAAGUCAAUCCUGAAUGUGUUUUUCUCACUGAAUUACUUUGUUAUUUAUAUAAUUCUUUUGUCAAGAGUGAAUAUUUGAAGAAUGUGGUUCCAUUGAUUAUUGUCCCCUAAUAUAAUUCCGACCGAA